UAGCUGAAACUUUCACAUUGUUUCAUGAAACUUUCACGUUACAACGUUGUUAUAAUAAUACGUUUUCACGCUAUAACUUGAAAACGUAUUCAAGUUAUUUCGUGAAAGUUCCCUGCUAUAGCGUGAUAAUGAUCCGUCAUUACUUUUUUGCCGUGGCAGCAAUGCACUGCCGCAAACAAAGAUGGCUUUGCUAAUAACUUAAACGUUUUAAUGUAAAAAAAACAAAAAAACGUAUUGUUAUGACAUGUUAUGACAUGAAACCUGAGUGCAGACGGAGAACGCACUGUCCUAAAUUGAGGAUAUGGCUCAUUCAUUACAACAUCUGUUAGGAGGGAGAGCCUGCUGUUUAAACUCUGGAAGGCGGGAUGACGUGGUUCUAACUAUAGUCUGAGACUGGAACAUUGUUCUCUAGCCGAAUAUUUGAAAGUUACUGGAAAACACCCAGACGCUCUGUGUCAAUGUGGAGACUCGGAAUCACCCUGCGCUACAUUGUACCUCGGGAACUCAGAGCUCGGAACUCGGAAGUCGCGUUUAUCGAUCCAGUAUAAUCUCGGAACUUGGAAUUACAGACCAAUUACAGAAUUGCAACUGGAACAACCCUCCGAGUUUGGGAAAAAAAUCACCACCCCGACUUCCGAGCUCCGACUUCCGAGGUACAAUGGAAGGCAGGAUUUGACACUACAUCCUUGAUGUAAAGCUGAGGAUACGAUGGACAACCUGGAUUUCUCAGAUGAGGAUUUCUUCCGGCAUUUACCCAAAGGAGACCAUGAGCGACCACUCCACCUCCUGAGACUUAGCUCUAAGUGUGACUCAGACACAGACAGCUACACGUCUGUCCCGGACACUCAGGGGCGACGCUUCAUCAAGAGAAAAGUCCUCAGGAAACACAAAGGAGAACCUCAUGUCUGUGAUGAAUCAUUCUACAUCGAAGACUCAGACUCAGCGAGCUUCACUGGAAAGAGUUCUGAAGAUGGAAAUUAUGAUGAUGGUGAUGGUGAUGAUGAGGACGAGGACGAGGAGAUUGAGCGAGUGGUUAAAGAAAAAGAGGCAGAGCACUCUCUCAUAGAGGCUUCAGGCGAGGAGAAACCUGAGGUCACUGACCAGGAGAACGUCACUGGACAGAGUUCUGAAGAUGGAAGUGAUGAGGAGGAGGAAGUCGAGGAGGAUGAGGCGAUUGAGCAAGUGGUCAAAGAAGAAGUGACCAUAUCUGUUCCCGAGGCAGAGGACUCUCUCCUAGAGGCUUCAGAGGAGGAGAAGGAGAACUUCACCAUAGAGCGUUCGGAAGAUGGAAGUGAUGAGGAGGAGGAAGAAAUUAUUGAACAAAUGGUUAAAGAAGAGUCCAAACUUUCAGCCGAGUCAGAGGACUCUCUCCAGGAGACUUCCGACGAGGAGAAACCUGAGCUGAACAGCCAGGAGAACUUCACUGGACAGAGUUCUGAAGAUGGUAGUGAUGAUGAGGAGGAUGAGGACGAGGAGAUUGAGCAAGUGGUCAAAGAAGAAGACACCAAACCUGUUGCCGGGGCAGAAGACUCUAUCCAAGAGGCUUCAGAGGAGGAGAAACCUGAGGUGAACAUCCAGGAGAACUUCACUGGAGAGAGUUCGAGAGGUGGAAGUGAUGAUGAUGGGGAGGGAAAUUGCACCAGCAGUUGUAGUAGUCCAGCUCUGAGUCGGAUGACUUCAGGCUACGGCACCUACAGGCCGGAGGAGCAGGGGAGAGGGGACUACAGAGAUGACCACACCAUUACUGAGUUCGACCAAGACAGUCGAGGAGACGUGUCUGAGAUGAGAGACAAGGAGGAGGACGAUCGUUCACUGAGCAGCUUUGGAGGGUUUGACAUCGUCUCCACACGUGAGCCAGUACCUGAACCUAAUAUGGCUCAGGAAGAGGUGGAUGUCGCAGAAACAAAACCAACAGACGAUCUUUUGAUGGAAGAUCUACGAGCUGAGACCAAUGAAACAUCAGAGGGGCAACAACAAAUACCACAACAACAGCAACAACAACAACAGCCCCACGUGGCUGGAAACCAAGAUGCGUUCUUGUUGGAUGAGAAGAGUUUGGAAGAUGGGAGGGAUCGUGAAGAGGGAAGACGACACAAAGAGCUCGAUGAGGAGGCGCAGGACCUUAAAGAGGACAAGGAUACGGUGAAAGUAGCCGAGGACAAAGUGGAGUCUGAAGAUCCAGACGAGUGUUCGAGCAACAAGGACAUCGAGGUCCUCGACUCCAAAGUGGAGUCUGAAGAUCCAGACGAGUGUUCGAGCAACAAGGACAUCGAGUUCAUUGACUCCAAAGUGGAGUCUGACGAUCCAGACGCGUCUUUGAGCAACAAGGACAUCGAGGUCCUCGACUCCAAAGUGGAGUCUGACGAUCCAGACGAGUGUUCGAGCAACAAGGACGUGAGGUUCACCGACUCCAAAGAGGAUGUUAGCUGGAUGACGUAUGACAUUAUGAGUGAGGAGUGGGAGGAAAACCUCAGAGAGAAGAAGGACUCGGCGAGCUGUCUGGAGGAAGGCCUGUCGAAGCUUCACCUGUCCACGUCCACGCAACCCGACUUUGACACGGAGAACUCCACCAGUCCGAGCGACAGCCCCGCGAACGAGAGGCUCUCGUUGAGCGCUUUUGAAUCGUACAUCAGAGACAUGAUUGAUACGCAAAGUGAUGGUGACCACAGGCCCAAAUCCAAAUCCUUCAUCCGACCGGUUAUCAGCCAGCACACCAUCAAGAAGACGGACCCAGUCGCCAAGUAUUUCCAGUAUAAGCAUCAUUGGGACCGGUUAAAGCUCCCGGGAGAGCGCGACAGAAGAGCUCUCCGCUGUGAGAUAAAGGAACGUCUUGCAUACCAGCCUCCACCACCUAAACCCCGGAGGGUCUACGUGCCCAACACGUACGUCGUGCCGACGGAGAAGAAGCGUCCGGCGCUCUGCUGGAAGAUCAGGAGCGACCUGGCCAACGGCAUCGCUCCGAGCAAGUUCAACUAUUGAUGUCAGACCCGUUUUGUUCUCCACCUGCCUUUUAGAUACUUUUAAUAAAGAUUUGCAUUUGUUUGUUUUAA